GUAUAAUGAAACACAGGGCAAGACUUCAAGCGGAUCAUUAUGUGUUUCCAGGUAAAUCCUCCUAUUUAUGUGUUAUGUUUUAGGGCUUGUAGAGGCCAGCGGGAAGCAAACACCCAAUCCACAUCAUACAGAUGCUGCUGAGGAACCUGGGGAAGAAGGAGAAACAAAACCAAAACAUAAACCCUUUGUGCCAGCUUUGGUGCCUCCCAAAAUACCUGAUGGAGAGAAAGUUGAUUUUGAUGACAUUCACCGCAAACGUAUGGAGAAAGACCUGACGGAGCUACAGACGCUCAUCGAGGCUCACUUUGAGAGCAGAAAGAAAGAAGAAGAAGAGCUGAUCAACCUCAGCCAAAGGAUUGAGAACCGGAGGGCAGAACGAGCGGAGCAGCACCGGGUCCACACAGAGCGCGAAAAAGAGCGGCAAAACAAACUAGCCGAGGAAAAGGCACGAAAAGAGGAGGAAGAGGCCAAGAGGAAGGCUGAUGAUGACGCGAAGAAGAAGAAGGUUCUCGCGAGCUUCCAGUACACCGGAUACAUGCAAAGAACAGACAAGAGGGGUCGGCCUAAGAAGCAAACAGAGAGGGAGAAGAAAAAAACGAUUCUUAGUGAACGCCGUAAGGAACUGAACAUCGAAAACCUGAGUGCCGAUAAACUGAGAGAAACCGCUAACGAACUCUGGAAGUGGAUGUGCCAACUUCAAGCCGAGAAGUUUGAGCUGCAAUACAGAUACAUGUGCCAGAAAUACCAGAUCACCGUCCUUAGGAAUCGUGUCAGUGACCAUCAGAAAAAUUCCAAAGGCCCGAAGAGUAAGAGAGGACUACGUAAAUAAAGCAGCUUCAUGAAGACACCAGCAACGUCUACCACACUGAUAAUGUAAUCAUAAAUAAUAUGCUUUCAUGUAUUCAUCUUUUUUUGAAGCACUACAAAGAAUAAUAACAGGCAUCUGACUGAAAUAUGAAUCACUGAAGUUGAUGUUAAAGUGACUAAUAAAUAACUUGCCAUUUGAAAUGGAUUACUCUUUUCAGUGUUUAUUAAAUGCAUGUCAUCAUAAUGAAAGUGCCGUGAUGUGUAUAGCUGUCAUUUAUGAUUGUAUUAUCUUAAAGCUGCAGUAGGUAACUUUUGUAAAAAUGUAUUUUUUACAUAUUUGUUAAACCUGUCAUUAUGUCCUGACAGUAGAAUAUGAGACAGAUAAUCUGUGAAAAAAAAUCAAGCUCCUCUAGCUCCUCCCAGUGGUCCUAUUGCCAUUUGCAGAAAUUCAUCCGCUCCUGGUAAGAAACAACCAAUCAGAGCAUUCGUUUAUAAUAUAUAAUAGGCGAGUACACCAUGAAUCCAUUUUCCAAACCGUGUUUUUAGCUUGUCCUGAAUCACUAGGGUGCACCUAUAAUAAGUGUUUAUAUUCGGACUAUUUUAGAUUGCUUCGGGGGUACCGCGGCGGAGUAACCCAGUACCUUUGUGAUUCUUCAUAGACAUAAACAGAGAGAAGUAGAUCCGGCUACAAUGUUCUUCCGCAAGACGCAAGCAGUUCUGUUUAUUAACCGCUAGAGCGUCAAAAGUUCCCUACCGCAGCUUUAAUGUUAAUGAAUCAUAAUCGGUGUAGUGAAAGGAGAUAUAAUUGAAAUCUAAAAGCAUUGUAUGCAUUUUCAGAGAAUUGCAAGCAUGAUUGUAAAUGUUUACAAAACAUUAUGAUGAAGUAUAUAUGUUAGAAUACAUUCGUUUUUAGACUAAUAUGCUUUAGUAUGUCCUUUUUUGCAU